CAGCUGCCAGCUGCCAGCCUGGGUCGUACCUUCCAACACAAGCAUCGCCGCACCUGCCUCAUAUUUCCUGCCGACUUUUCAAACCAUGCGCUCGUUCCAGGUCGAGGCGUCUCCCUCCCGAUCCUGCUCUUCUUCGUCGUCUUAAUUCUACUUCUCAUUCACCUUCUCCUCUCAUCUUCUCAUAAUCUCAUACUCACCACCACGGCCUCGUCCAAUUCACCAUCAACCCAACUCGUCGCAGCCAUGGACGGAAACUCCAAUCGCGUUCUUGGUUCAAGCUCAACUAUGUGGACCGACAACGUCAAUUCCUCAUCCACCCUGCGAGCUCGACUGCGCAGUCCAGAAGCCCCAGCACCCGCGUCCUCGCCGAAGCCCCCGACGCACCAUCACAUUUAUCAGCAAUUCCGGGCCUGCUUUGGUGCUGAUCUCGGAUCAUCUCGGCGCGAUGAGCGGGUACCCAUUUCACCCCCAGAGCAUGAUUCUGAUGCAGUGACGCAACUGAGAGAGUCAUUUGCUCAAGCCGGCACAAAUCUUCACGCUUCUGCUACCGCUCAACUCAUCGAAGCUCAUUCCGAUAUUCAGUCGAGAAUCUCUCGCUUCGUGGGCGAGUCGUCGGCCACCCUCUUGGAAAACGAGGCCCUCUACUCCAACAUUGCCUACCCGCUCUCUGCGACGCUGUGCCACUCGGACAACUUCCCCCACGCAUCGAUCAUCGAUCACCUGACCAACCUGAAAAAAGAAUUUUCAUCGACAAAGGAAGAGCUGCACCGACUUAAAGCAGAGUGGGACGAAUGUGCCAAGGCUGAGCUGGAUGCUUGGGAAUCAUUGACGGGGGAUGCAAACCAAGGGUCUACCAAGGCCGAUGAAGACGCCGCAAAAAUGGCCAAACGGUUUAAGGCGGAAGCUGAGAGUAUCGUGAAAGAGCAGUGCCAAUUGCUAGGAAGCAUGGAAAAGGAGUUCAAGUCCAAGAUCCAGGCCGAGUCGAUGAGACUAAUGCAAAUCAUGAUUGAUGAAUGAGAUACCCGAGUCAUGUAAUCUUGUGGGCGUUAUGAAUUUGGUCCAGCUGAUUUGGCAAUGCAAUAAUCUUGUGUGGGAGGAGUUAACUUCAAGUGACACGAGCUG